AUGUCCUACUUCAACAUUAAGAAACAGGCAGCGCUCCAGGAAAUCUCGAUGGAGAUGAACACCCUUCUAUCGAACCUCGAAGACUUGAACGGGUACUUGAAAGACUCGGUGGCGUUGGGGCAACAGUUCAAAAACAUUUCGUCGCUAUGGAACACAUUCUACGAUUGCGAGCUACAAAUGAGGGAAGUCGUGGAAGGUGCCAAGGAUCGGGUGAAAAAAUUGGACGAGAGUUCUGAGGAGGCUGUGAAAAUACCAAGACAGGAAGGUGUGGACCAGGAAGAGCAACAACCACCGCAAGAGAAUAAUAGCCAGACGGCCCUGAGGUGA